UGGCUGUAAAUGGGAGCAUGACAGUCGUUUAGAGCUGUAACAUUUAAAAUAAUAUUUCGGCAGCCAUCCUUCCAGGUGCGUGAUCGCUAUAAUUCUAUUCUAGUUUAGUCGGCUCAGCGAAAUCGGCGGCUGCGAUGGAAGCCGUACCGCGAAUGCCGAUGAUCUGGCUGGAUCUGAAGGAGGCAGGGGAGUUUCAGUUCAGCCCGACUGUCAAACAGUUCAUACUGAAGAACUACGGUGAAGAUCCUGACAAUUAUAAUGAGCAGUUGAAGAAACUGGAGCAAUUGAGACAGAGUGCAGUGAAUGUCACACGAGACUUUGAAGGCUGCAGCACCUUAAGGAAGUACUUCGGGCAACUGCACUAUCUUCAGAGUCGUGUGCCUUUGGGAUUGGAGCAGGAAGCUGCUGUUCCUAUCUCCUGGACAGAGAUAUUUUCUGGGAAGACAGUGACCCAUGAGGACAUCUGCUAUGAGCAGGCCUGCAUCCUUUAUAAUUUGGGAGCACUCCAUUCAAUGUUGGGAGCCAUGGACAACAGGGUGUCCGAAGAGGUAAGAUGAAUUAGAGAAG